CUACAGACUGACUCGUCCACUGCAAAGAACCUGAUAGACAAGGCGACACCGAGGCACUCUCACUUCACACAGGUCGCGGAGAUCCGACAGAGACUGAAUCGUGAUUGGACAGUUCGGAUUGAGCAUGUGUUCCGUGAAGCUAAUUUCGCCGCGGAUUAUUUGGCUUCUUUGGGCCACUCCCGUUCGAUUGGUGUUCAUACUUUAGAUAGACCGGAUACUAAACUCCUGUACUGGCUGUUCUUUGAUCGUGUGGGGGGUGUAACACCCCGCUUUGUUCGUUCUUAA